ACUUGCAGGUGUUUUCACCUGCACGAAAACUCUUGCAAAACAGCAUGCCUUCAUCUUCUUGGUGGUAGUUGCUUCUGCGCCAACGAUGGUGGUUGCUUCUGCCCUUCCCGCGGGCGGCGGGGCGCUGGUAAAGCUGAAAAGCGCAGUUGUUAAUAAAACUCGAGGUGCGACUAGUGUUGUUGCAAAAUUAUGGUCGCAGGCGGAGGAGAAUAAAGAGGACAAAUUCUGCCGCAACCUCCAACAUGUGCCAGAGGAGACGGUUUACAAGGUAGCACAGAUGAUGAUGCUGGUGGUUAUUGUGCAUUCGAUAUUAGGGUCGGUACAACGUAGAACACCAACUACACAUGAUACACAACAUAGAAGAUACACAAAUCACAGUUAAAUCUAAAAGAUCUUUUUGUUUUUAUUGAGCCUUGUUGCUGUAGCUAGCGUGGUUGUACUAGCAAUUAUAUCUUCCUCCUUCAUCUCCGCACGAUUCAUCCUGUAUCACCAGGUCGCCCUCGACCUGUGGCUUACUGUGGAACGAUAUGGAGAGCCGGCAAUUCGAGUGGCGUUGGAAACGAUGUUGGACCGGGACACGAGAA